AUUUUCAAAAUUAUGAAAAAAAGCCCCAAAAAUAAAAAAAAAAUAACAAAAUUUCUAUUUUGCCUUUAGAUUCUCUCUAUCUUCAAUGAAACAACCCCAACAAUAAAUUUGGUUCUGUUCGCAAAAGAGAGAGAGAGAGACUCUUUUCUUCUUCAAGAUAUAUCUCUCUCUCUUUCUUUUUUUGGAAUCAUUUGGGUUAUUUGUACAAAAGAUUGGAUAAAAAAUAAAGGGGUUCUUGAUUUUGUAGGUUCAAUAUGGUUGGAUCAAAUGAAAACUCCAAAGGUGUUAUCAGGCCUUCAAAUCUUCAAGGGGGAAUGGGGCGCAAUAGAAGGGCUCUAAGCACAAUUAAUGGUAACAUAGUUGAAGCUCCACAGUACCCUUGUAAAGUACACAAGAAAAAUGGCAUCACUGACAAGAGUAUUGCGGAUAGUGCUAAGAAUCCGGUUCUCCGACCAAUCACGAGUAUGGGGGAUUCUUGCUGCUUCAGGAAGUAUGCUGCACAAAUGGCUGGCAAGAAGCAACAACCAACGCUUGAGGUAACAAAGCGACCAGUCCAAACAGCACCUAGUAGAAAUGAACUAGAAGGUCAGAUUAUUAUCGAUGUGGAAGAUUACAUGGCCACAAGUGACAAUGAUUUGCCAAUGUUCGUGCAACACACAGAAGCAAUGAUGGAGGAAAUUGAACGGAUGGAUGAAGAGAUACAGAUGGAAGAUGUAGAAGAGUCGUUAAUUGUGGACAUAGAUAGUGCUGAUAAAAAGAACAUGCUUGCAGCUGUGGAGUACAUUGAUGACAUUCAUGCUUACUACAAGAAGACCGAGAGUUCUAGCUGUGCCCCUCCAAACUAUAUGGAACAACAAUUUGACAUCAAUGAGAGGAUGAGAGCGAUUCUCAUUGACUGGCUGAUUGAGGUUCAUUACAAGUUUGAACUGAUGGAGGAGACUUUGUACUUGACCGUAAAUCUUGUCGAUAGAUUCUUGGCAAUCCAGCAAGUGGUUAGGAAAAAACUCCAGCUUGUUGGGGUAACUGCUUUGCUUCUUGCCUGCAAAUAUGAAGAAGUUACAGUUCCUGUUGUCGAGGAUCUAAUUUUAAUCUCAGAUAACGCUUACACUCGGAAAGAAGUGCUCGAAAUGGAGAAGUUGAUGGUCAACACCUUACAGUUCAACUUAUCAGUGCCUACGGCAUAUGUGUUUAUGAACCGAUUCCUUAAAGCUGCUCAGUCUGAUAAGAAGGUGGAGCUGCUGUCUUUCUUCAUGACCGAACUAUGCCUCGUUGAGUAUGAAACCCUUAGGUUCCCGCCUUCAAUGCUAGCAGCUGCGGCAAUAUUUACUGCCCAAUGUACUCUAAGUGUGUCUAAGGAGUGGACUAAAACUUGCGAGAAAUAUAGCAACUAUACUCGAGAUCAGCUUCUGGAGUGCUCAAAACUGAUGGUUUCUUUCCAUCAAAAGGCUGCAACUGGGAGGCUUACUGGAGUACACAGAAAGUAUAGCAUCUCUAAAUAUGGCUUUGUCGCAAAAUUCCCACCUUCUUCUUUUCUUUUAGAAGCAAGCUUUUUUUAGCACAUGAUGUUACUUUGCAGCCUGCUUGACAAAAUGUUGUGGUUGGAGUGGCAACUGAGCAACAUAAGUUGCCGCCCCCUCUAUGUACCGAGAUCCUAGUAAUUUUUACAAAUUGUUGCUAUAAUCCACUUUCCGGCCUCAGAUGAGAACAGAAAACUGGAAUUUUGAGACUCUAAAAUCUGUUUAGAUCCCUUUUCUAUGCUACCUUUGCUAGUAAUCACUUGGCAAAUCCUUUGAUUUACAUAAUAAUCACUGUUGUGAACCAUGGAAACAUCCUUGUAUGCAGAAGAUAUGACAAGUUUAGCUAGUAAUGACAAAGUUUUAAGGUG